GGCGGGGAGCGGCGGGCCAGCCGGGCAUGGCGUCCAUGGCGGCGGCGAUCGCAGCCUCGCGCUCGGUCGUCAUGAGCGGGAACCGGCCUCUGGACGACCGGGAGCGUAAACGCUUCACCUACUUCUCGUCGCUGAGCCCCAUGGCCAGGAAGAUCAUGCAGGACAAGGAGAAGAUCCGCGAGAAGUACGGGCCCGAGUGGGCGCGGCUGCCGCCCGCGCAGCAGGACGAGAUCAUCGACCGGUGCCUGGUGGGGCCGGGCGCCCCGGCACCACGCGACCCCGGGGACCCCGAGGAGCUCGCGCGCUUUCCUGGCCUGCGCGGGCCCACGGGCCAGAAGGUGGUGCGCUUCGGGGACGAGGACAUAACUUGGCAAGAUGAGCACUCUGCCCCUUUCUCCUGGGAAACGAGGAGUCAGAUGGAGUUCAGCAUCUCCUCCUUAUCCAUCCAGGAGCCGAGCGGCGGCCCCACCAGCGAGCCUAGGCCACCGUCCAAAGCUGCUCAGGGCUCGCAGGCCCUCCGGCCUCCCCAGGGCAGCAAGUCCUGCAGCCUGGAUGCUCUGGGUCCCGCCCGGAAGGAAGAGGAAGCGUCCUUCUGGAAGAUCAAUGCAGAGCGGUCCCGCGGGGAGGGGCCCGAGGCCGAGUUCCAGUCGCUGACCCCCAGCCAGAUCAAGUCCAUAGAGAAAGGUGAAAAGGUCCUGCCGGCCUGUUACAGGCAAGACCCUGCCCCGAAGGACAAGGAGGCCAAGGUGGAGAGGCCCAGCCAGCCCCGCCCGGAGCCGCGUGUCCUUCCCAACGCCAGCGUCGGGCGUGAAGGGCCCCAGCCCCCCCAGGCCUGUGCCAGCACCGUGGAGGAGGUCACCCCCUCCGAGCCCGUGCGCAAGCUGCCCUCCCCCGUGGCCGGCCCGGGCGGUGGGGAGGACAUGGAAGAGGAUCUGUUCUCGGAACCCGCACCUGCGCAGGUCAGCUCAAGCAAUGUCAUCUUGAAGACGGGGUUUGAUUUUCUGGACAACUGGUAAAAUGUGUUAGACCAAAAAAAACCAAAACCCCAUAAAAACCCAAGAACCCCCAAAUGUUUUCUGGAGCGGUGUGGCGGAGGAGGAUGCAAAGGACAGCGUUUCCUGGGUCCUUUCUGGUUGCAGUGCCCAAUUUUCUUAAUCUUUUGGAAACUGGUAAAAAUUGCCUUGCCCAGAUUUCCACACUUUCCCCUUUUUGGUAAGACCAGAGAGAUACGCUAUUUUCAAUGCUUUGAUAACAAGUUUUACACUUGGAAUUUUUAAAGACCGUUUCGGGAGUUCAGUAAAUCUUGCAAAUACAACUUCUGUUCCGGCUGCACCCAGUCCACCCGUCCCCCGGAGAAGGGCUCUCUCUGAUGUCAUAAAAGCUACUUCCGCCCCUGCUCCUUUAUCCCCUCCCUUUUUUGAAUGGGUGGGGCUACCUUUGGCAGGGGAUUGCUGGUGACAUCCUCAGCCACGGUGCCGUCAGCAUGCUGGCUGUGGCCGUGGAAAGGUUUGCUCCCCACGCGCCCCCCCGCCCCCGCCUCCGCCUCCAGAUGCCCAGGGCUUCCGCGCAGAAGCCCUGUUUCUUGAAUCUUGUGCCACCCUCCGCCCUGUGUGUCACUUCCAGGAAACAGACAUGACACGUGGCAGAGGGCGUCUUUGAGCGGCCCUGAUGCUUACUCAGACUAUCCAUCCUUGUUUAAGAGUUGCAUGUUUAAAAGUUUUGUAUUAACUUUUCAUUAUUUUGUAUCUAGAUUUAGCGGUGGUAGGGCUACCACUUUAGAAGUUCUUUGCUACUUCUGUGGCCUCUGGGUGUCCCUGUCCCGGGCGCCUUCAGGAGGAAGGGCUGAUGGCAGGUGUCGCCGGAGGACAGGGCUCUCCUGAUUAGUUGUGUUAGACCUUCCCGUGUGAGACCGGCCGGGGCUCCUUCCUCCCAAGGACUGGUCAAGCUGUGUCGCCGUGGACCCUCCCCCAACCCUGGCCGCCAGUGGAAGUGGAGUUGUCCAGCGUCUGCACGGACCCAGCAGUGCCCCCUGGAGACCUUUGUGGUCAUAGCAACAGCACCUCCUGGGGAGGGAGGACUGGGGGCCUCACCCUGGGAAGCCUGUGCCCUGACCAUGGCCCCGGGCUGCGUGAACCUGCAGGACACGCCCCAGUGUGGUCCCCACAGCACCCCUCACUGUGUUCUCCUCACCUGAAGCCUUAAUCCCAGCGAGUCCUGCCAGCGUGCGCCUGGUCUCAAUAUCAAAGUGUAUCUUUAAAAAAAAAAAUGCCUCUGUUUAACAGGACAAAUCUGAAAUGAUUUUCAGAAUAUUUUAGCUGGCUCCAAGGUGAAGCACAUGGCAACAUUUUAAUUUUUUCCAGGAAAGUUUCUGCCAAAGCCGUGGCUUAGCCAAUGUUUGGUUUGGUUCCUGCCAAUUGCUUAACGUUCCUAAACCUCAUUUGGCUCCUUCGGGUACUGGAUUUGACCUUCCUCCUUUGGUGACUGUCUAUUGUGGCAAAUGCGGGGUUUUUUUUGUUGUUUUGUUUUUUUCCGUGCGGUUUAAGUAGAGUUGAACUAUAGAAAGGAAAAUAGGUUUCUAGCAUGGUGGUGAGGGAAGGGAGCCUAGAAAGCCCACCUGGAACAGCACACGGGGGGCCGGCCCCCCUGGGCCAGCGGCAGAGCCUCGAGCCUGGCUUACCCCCUGCCCCAGUGAGGGCCGGGAGCUGCCUUAGAACCCGGGCUUGAAAGAAGGGUCCUUCAAAACCAGGAGAUGUGCAGACAUGGGUUUGUGUCCCCUGGUGUUGAGAGCAGAGAAGAAAGACCUGUGUCCUCAGACGAUUAGCCCGAAGCGAUCUGUCUGUUCUUCUGGGAGACGAUUCUAAUUUCUUUCCCACUUUCCCAUCAAGCCCAAUAACCCCUUCAAGCUCGGAAAUCCUAGAGGGGACCUAAAGUCGUGUUGCUUUGCUCCGCUUUCCGAAGUAAAGGAAUGUGAGAGGGGGAAGCGGAGGCCUGCAGGGUGCUGGCUCGUGGUCUGCACCCGGCCGGGCCUGCCUGUCCUCGUAACCAUGGCAGCCUGUAUACAAAGAUGGUUCCUUUGCCGUCCCCUGGGAAUCUAUGGUCAGUGAAUCCAAAUAAGGGAAAAUUAAGCUCCUCUGUCCACCACCUUUCUCCCCCGUGUAUCAGGAUGGAGCUUCUAAAACCAGAAGUUUCUAUUUAUCAUUUUAAAAAUACACUUUUCAGCUGCAGCCUGUAUGUUUUCGGAUUUCCCGCACCCCUACCCUCUGCGCCUGGGAUUCAGCUCAGAGAGUCAGCGUCUUGCCUUGGGUGGCUGUAUUUUGCAAAAUCUCUCCCAAGAAGUCAGACACCAGUCUCAGCCCUUUGCCCUGGGGGUCCGCCCCGGCCCCCCUGGGCCUGGGAGCGCCACCCACUUUGGGAACAGCGGGGGUCGCAGCCCCCACGUGGCUGUCAGAGCGGCCUCCCUUUCUUUGCGCCUCUCUUUCUUUGAUACACAUUUUCAACAAUGAAAAUUCUUACUGGCUACUUGUAACUUGGUUGUAUUUUAUAUUAAUAACCUUUAAUAAAGCCAUUGAAAAUAUUCUAGACGUGUCUGUUUGGGCCUCUGCCGGGGCCGGGGUG